GUGUCGACGUUCGGUCCAGGUGUACUACUCUAGCUAACUUUCCACUUGCAGUGGGCUACCACUAGUUGAUUGGUGGAGCAGAAGGACUCUUAUGGACUGGAAGCAGAUCGGCUUCGGAUGCACUUAUCUGCGGUGGGUGCACCAGCCAACGUCCGCAAAAACCAUUAUUCGCCGGCAGAUCCUGUGAAUGACAGUGGUCACAUGACCGGAGGCCACCUCAUCCUUCUCCCUCUGGCUGCACGUUUCUUCCUGUUGGCACGUAUCUCGAGCCAUCCAGUUGCCCCCAUAGCUGAGAGUUAUCACUAUCACCAUCGUCAUCAUCUAGUCGCUGACGUCUUGAACAGUCUGUCCUGAAUUGUUCAUAUGGUGAAUAUGGGCGAGAUCAG